UGCAACUUCAACUGCACUGCAAGGAUUGAUCCAUUGAUACCGUCGUGUGUGAUGGAUCGGUGUUCCUGGUCGUGGAUUCUCCGUUCUCUUUAUCUGCAUUCACUGGAGAUCCUCCUUUAGCCGGUACUACAACUUGCGGCUUGGUUGCUCAGAAAUUUUCUGAAAGUCGAUAUGUUUGCGACCUCGCUGCGAGCAGUGUGAUCACUCCAGAUUCCGAAUAGAACUAGAAUUUCCUCCUCUACUUCCCAACUCCAUAUUCUCUUCUUUUUUUGUGCCUUUCCGAUUUUCCCGAUCGAUCUCUCUUGCGUUUCUCAAUUCCUAUACCGACGGAAUUAGGUCAGAUUUCAUACGAUUUCUGAGUUAUUGUCUCCCCUAGGUGAAUUCUUUGUUUCGAUUAUUUUUUUCCAUUGAACCGAAUACACCAUCCAUCGAUUGAUCGAUCUAUCUAUCUUCUGCCGAAUUUUGGUAAACAGAAGGGUGCAGAGAAAGAGAGAGAGAAUUAAGCUCCUCUUCUCGUCUUUUUGUAUUCUGAUUCAGUUGCCUCCAAAACUCUGGCUUUUGAGGCCCAACUGUAGAUCUUCCUCCUUUUUCUGCUGGAAUUUGUACAAAAGAUUCAGGAAGGUCCGGUUGAUGAAAUGAGCAUCAAUUAAAUUAUGGAAUUUAAUUAUUUUUUCAGACCUGAAGCGGCUUAGAUCUUUGGUUUCUUCAAUAUUGGUUACAGUAGUGCAGCUCAUGCUUUUCUAGCUUAGAAACGAUUCUGUGGCCUUUUAUUCUUUUUCUCGAUAACGAAAUUCUUGUUCGGUUCAAAUCUCGAUCUGCAACGAUAUUGUUGAAGACGUAUAAAUUGAGGGGUUCCCAUUUCUAUGGGUGGGACGUUUUGAAGAAUGCCCGGGGCGGGACAGGCCAUCGCACAUGCUGGUCUUCCAAAAAUGGAAGCAAAGAACGCAGCUGAGAACGAACAGCGUUCGGGUAGCUCCAAUCCUGUUAAGAAAUCCGGGCCCGUAACCAUGGAUCAUGUGCUUCUGGCAUCACAAGAAACUAAGGAAGAAAGGGAGCUGAGGAUCCGCAGCUUGUUUAAUUUUUUCGAUGUCGCAAAUAUUGGAUAUUUGGACUACACGCUGAUUGAGGCAGGCCUAUCAGCACUCCAGAUACCAGCUGAAUACAAGUAUGCAAAGGAGCUCCUAAAGGUCUGCGACGCAAACAGAGAUGGUAGAGUCGAUUACCAGGAGUUCCGGCGAUACAUGGAUGACAAGGAGCUUGAACUUUAUCGCAUCUUUCAAGCUAUUGAUGUGGAACACAAUGGAUGCAUUUUACCAGAAGAGCUCUGGGAUGCACUCGUGAGGGCAGGGAUUGAAAUUGACGAGGAGGAACUUGUGCGCUUCGUAGAACAUGUGGAUAAGGACAACAAUGGAAUUAUUACCUUUGAAGAAUGGAGAGAUUUUCUUCUACUGUAUCCUCAUGAGGCCACUAUUGAGAACAUUUAUCAGUACUGGGAAAGGGUAUGUCUUGUAGAUAUCGGGGAACAAGCUGUUAUUCCAGAGGGCAUCAGUAAGCAUGUCCAUGCAAGCAAAUACUUGAUUGCUGGGGGAGUUGCAGGAGCCACAUCUCGUACUGCAACGGCUCCUCUUGAUCGACUGAAGGUGGUUUUACAAGUUCAAACAACUGAUGCCCGUAUUAUUCCAGCUUUAAAGGACAUAUGGAGAGAGGGUGGUUUCGUUGGAUUUUUCCGAGGGAAUGGACUAAAUGUCCUGAAGGUUGCACCUGAAAGUGCCAUAAGAUUUUAUACUUAUGAAAUGCUGAAGAAUUUGAUUGCCGAUGCUAAAGGAGAAGAUAAAGGUGAUAUAGGUACUUCUGGGCGCCUUAUUGCUGGGGGUGCGGCAGGUGCAGUAGCGCAGACUGUUAUCUACCCAAUGGAUCUUGUGAAAACCCGAUUACAGACUUUUGUUUGUGAAGGUGGAAAAGUUCCAAAACUUGGGUCUCUGACAAGGGACAUCUGGGUUCAGGAGGGUCCUCGAGCCUUCUAUAGGGGCAUCAUUCCAUCUCUCCUUGGGAUUAUACCUUAUGCAGGAAUAGAUCUUGCUGCGUAUGAGACCUUAAAGGAUAUGUCAAAAACUUACAUUCUUCGUGAUAGUGAACCUGGUCCUCUCGUGCAAUUGGGGUGUGGCACAGUCUCUGGAGCCCUUGGAGCAACGUGUGUGUAUCCAUUGCAGGUUAUCAGAACCAGAUUGCAAGCUCAACGUUCUAAUACAGAUGCUGCUUAUAAGGGAAUGUCAGAUGUAUUUUGGAGGACCCUCCAUCAUGAAGGUAUUAAGGGAUUCUACAGAGGAAUUUUUCCAAAUCUUCUUAAAGUUGUGCCAUCUGCAAGCAUUACUUAUCUUGUUUAUGAGACCAUGAAAAAGAGUCUAGAUCUUGAAUAAAGAUUUAUGUAGCUUUACCAUGAUUGACAAAGCUGACUGUAAAGUUGACAAUUCUGGUGACGACAUUGAUGAUGAUGAUAAUGGCAAGAAUAAGGUCACUAAUGGAGAAGUUCAUAUUAUUAUUUCGGUUAUAUGACACCUGGUGCUUUUCCGGUCAGAAUAUGAGGUACAUGGUUGUGUAGUAAGAAGCUUUUGCAGGAUCGUUUGAGGCUUUGAGCUAGUAAAAGUGAGAAAUAUCGAAAGUUACAUUAAGUUAUGGCAACUGAUCAUCUUGUGAUAGGUAUAAUUCUUUUCUUUUCUGAUUUUCUCCUUUUGUACUUGCAUAGCACUAUAACGAACAGAAUGCUGCAGUGGUUUAGUAUAAUUUUUGGCUCUCAUUAUCUAGGUUAAGCAUGUCAAACAUUGCCAUCUUAUCAUGGCUAUUACUGGUAACUGAAAUUAGUGGCUACUCAAAUU